AUGCCCCUCCACCCGUACUUUGUUUUCGAUGGGCUGGACUGCCCUCAGCUCAAGAGGGGAAAAGACAUUGUGUGCCCAUGGUAUCCACCCCUCCUUGUGCAGCGCUUUCAAGAGCUGUUGAUGGCAUUUGGUUUCAGCUGGCACAUGGCUCUGGGGGAGGCAGAGGCAGAACUUGCCUGCCUCCAGUCAUGCACCCUCAUUGAUGUCAUGGUGAUGCCAUACAAUGAUGCACUGCUGUUUGGUGUGACUUGUAUUGUAUGCAGUGGCAUCCCACCAUCUGGCAAGUAUGAAGACAUGCAACUCUAUUCAUCUGACACCUUACAAAAUUGCACCAGCCUCAAGUGGGGCAACCUCCUCCUUGUUAUGCUGAUGAGUAGUGUAGAUAGUGAGACAGGUUGCCAGUGGUGCAGCACAGAUGUUGCCUGUCAAUUGGUAAAUUAUGGCUUUGGAAAGACCCUCUUCCAAGCUGCUAUCAUGUUUCAGUUCAUGGAGUUUAUGGAGUUUGUUGCCAGGUGGCAUGACAAUGUCUGCAAGGAACACAUUGAGUUCCCUGACCCCGUGAUCUUAGCAAUGUAUCUGUUACCUCUUACCUCAUGGUCAGAGGGUUGCCAUCCCCCCAAUGCUGUUGUGAGGUCUUGUCAGCCUGAUCUUGCAUUGCUGGCAGAGUUCUGUUCAUGGCACCUUGGCUGGUUGCCAGAUACCAUCUGGUCCAGAUUGAUGGGUGCUUGUGCCGGUGCAGCCAUGUGUGCACUUCUGCAGCUGCCAGGGAAUGUCAAUAGCGAGUGGCUGCAACAUGACCUUUGGGUCCUGAGCCAUUCUGACAAGUCAUACAAGUGCUCUGUGCCAAGUUUGCCACUUGAAACACCAGUGGAUGCAGAUCCAUCGCCUGCAUACGAGAUAGAGAUUCCAGCAGUCAUGUUAGAAUACUCAAGACCUGAUUUGGUGGAGUCAACAGUCAACCUUCCUCAUGAAACUGGAGUUAUUGACCUGGUAGGUGGUGCAGAUGCACCACAUCUCAAAGCUGGAGUCAUUGGUCUCAUGGAUGAGGACUAG